AUGUCUGACCCGAGACCUCCGAUGACAAAUUGGCUCAUCACCCGGCUUUCUUCUGGGUCUCAGUUUACCCUUCUGUUGUUUACACGUUUCCAUCUUCCUCUACCUUUUGCUGUUCCGCUCAUCUCACAGGGCCCGCUGCAGUAUCCGGUUUCCCUUCAAGAACUUGAAACAUGCAGCGUCCCAAAAGUAUCCCAGAUAGCCGUACACCCCAAGCUUGUGAAGUAUGUUUACACCAUCCAGGGGAAUUUGGUUUUGGCUAUUCGAGAACUCGUGACAUGGACAAGCUUCAAGUCAUGGAUGUAUGCUGGCACGGCCAUAAGAAUGGCUCACGCAUUACAGCUUGGUUCCGAGUUCAACCAACGUCAUACCAAUCAGCAUAAGGAGAUUCGAAGGCGGACAUUUUGGGCUUGCUUUGUGGUUGAUCGAUUGGUGUCAUAUUCAUGCAACCGAUUCUUUGCUAUUGAUAUGAUGUCAGUUCGCAUCCAGCUUCCCUGUCCCCCAAACACAUUUGCUUUUGGGGAAUCGUAUUCAGGACCAACCCUUGAUUCAAUUGUACUGUACGGCCACCAGCUUUCACAACUCGGAAUCCUUCCCUUUUAUGUCGCAAUGGUGAAGCUUUGGGGAGAUAUGGCAAUGCUAUAUAAAUCUGGUGGUCGAAGAGAAUUGAAAGAGACCCCGACUGAUACUACAGGUCAAUUUUACCAGAAGGAAAAGGCUGUGGAAUUAUUUGCCGCCACUCUUCCACCGACUUUAAACUGGUCAAUACAGAAUUAUAGGCUACACCAGGUCACCGGGCAAGCCCAGGCUUUCAUCAACCUGAAUUUUCUGCUGCUGCAUUCAAAAUGUGUUAUGCAUCAAGAGUAUCUACCUCAGCUAGAUUCUCAAUAUGCACUCACACUGGAAAUUGAUCCAGUCACAAAAUUUGACAACGCGGGCCUCUCUCUUGAUCAUAAGGAACCUCACAUCAUCAAUACCUGUAUAGAUAGUGCUCAAGCAAUAACAGCAAUGGCUAUGGAGCUCAAUAAUGGAGAUCAACGGGAUCGAGAUUUGCUUCAAUCGACCUUCGCUGCAAACGCUAUCAUUACGGCUUCAGCAAUUCAGCUAUGGAUUCUAUAUACCCAGACCUGCAGCAAAUGCCCAAAAGAUGUUGCAAAAGAAAGUGCUGAUCAGUUACUGCAAAUCAUCAAAUCCUGGCAGACUCGCUGGCGUGUUUCGGGUGCAUGGGUGGAGACCCUGGAGAUGCUUUACAAGCUGUACGAUUUCUCAUAUGGAUCGAGCAACCCAUUAGCUGAUGAUGAGUGGCUGCAAAGCGGAAUCAACGAACUUGGUGAGAGCCCAAUUCUGGAUGAGGACGUGACGGGCGAGUCUGGCGGGUAUCCUUCAGUUUCCGAUGGAGAUGACCGCAAGCUACGAUAUUCUUCUUACGAGCUUCCAUCUCAGCGCUCGUCCCCAUUGAAAUGA